AUGGACGAUGCGCAGAAAGACACACUGCAGAAGAUCAUCGAUGGAGCUGGGAGUGAAGGCAUGGUGGCAGCAGCCAAGAAGGCUAUGCAGUUCCUUGAGGACGAGCACCUGAUGUAUAAGCUUCACCUCAAAUGCUCGCUGUUGGGAGUCUACGAGGGCAACCGCAGUGGGAUGGGUAUCGACUUGGCUCAUCUCCAACAACUGAUGAAGUCCAUAGCUGCAGUGGGGUACGUAGACCAUGGGGGCCGCAUUUGCGUUGAAUUGGACUCCACCAGUCCAGAAUCAGAGAACACAAGGCGGUUCAACCGCAAGAUUGCGCUGGAAUCUGGGGGCCGUCUGCCACCAGCAGACAAUAUCAUGUAUGCUACUCUGUCUGGCAGCCACUUGAACAUGGCAUCUCGUGCGAUCGCGCACAGAUGCACAGAUGCACUGUCCAUCGACGCGAUUCCGUCGGGUUGGCGGGACGCAAUCAUGGAAGGCGUCUCAUGGUUGGUGUUGAAGAGGACCGCAUGGAUCGAGUUCCCUGCCCUGGCGGAUUUGCUUUGCCAGGCAGGCAACUCCAUCCAAGCCAUCAGUAAGGCUGAGGACGAGAUCCAAUUACUCCGAAAGAUCCUCCAAAGCAUACGCUGCUUCAAGGGGGUUCCCAAGUGGGUUGAUGUGAGUGGAGAGGUUCUACGCAGCAGGCCACGUUGUUCGGCCUCUGGAGCAGGCAUCUUCGGCUUUGCGCUGAGGUUUGGUGGUUGCAGUAUGAUCGAUGCAAAGCGGGCGAUGACAAACCGGGAGGUCCUGCAGAGGGCACACAAGGCCAUGGACGUCCUGUCGGCCUGGGACAAGUGCACGUCCGACUUCGAUGCGAGGGCCGCCACUAGCCGGCUAGAGUGUGAGUUGGUUGCGAUCGUGCUGGACAAGAAGAACCGGAAGCAUGCGACUUUGUUGGAGGCAGCCCGAGUCAGCCUGCAAAAAGAGUUCCCUAGCGCCAUCAUGCCGGAUACAUGGAACGAGGCUGCUCCUGAGAAGAAGCCCGCGGCGAAAGCAAAGAGUUCGGCGACUGUCUUCAGGCAAUACGAUGCGAAGGGGAAGUUGACGAACCCAAAAGAGGUGAUGACAAGCUUGGGGUUCAACAUUGGGGUGAAAGUCCAACGUGGUGAUUCGGUUGGAGUGAUCACUGCCAUCAAGGAUAAUGAUGAUGUGCAGCUGACAUUGGAAGAAGAUGGGAAACACAAGCAGGUCUUCCCAAGCUUGGAAGACAUGAAGAAGAGAAAUCUCAGCUUGGACCGCUCCAUUUCCCUGCCUGUCCUCCGCAAUGUGCAGAAACUGCAGGCCGGCGAUGAGCUAUGCCUUCACGUGGUGAAGAAGGAGAGGACGCUUGGCGAGCCUUUGAGGGAGGCGCCAGCGAAGAGACUCCGCAGGUGA